CUAAGGGGUUAAUCCUCUGCAUUGUGUAAAAAAGCUGUCUGAACCUGACUUCACUGUCCCUCCUCCUGCUCAAAUGUCCACAGUGAUAAGACAGACUGAACCCGUGCCCUUCUGCACAUGCUCAGUUUAGUGUGUAUUGCUAGACAGGUUUUUUUUUUUUCUUGGGAGAGUGCAUGCGAUCAGCACAGGGCCAAUCAAGACAGAGCAGAAAUAAAACUCCUCCUGCAAGCUUUAACCAGUGCUCAGCUGAAGUCACAAGACUGCUCUAAUUUCUGAUGAGAAAAGGUAUUUAACAGUGUAUACUUACUAAAAUAAUUGCAUUUCGAUGU